ACUUGACCGCUGCUGUUCGAAGAGUUCGAAGACCGAGCAAAACUGAGCCCAACAAAACAAAAACUGACCGGCACACUUCAUUCACAUUUGCUCACGGACUCAUUCUUAUCACCGGAGGUAGAAUGACACUACCGAAAUGAAGGCUGCUGUGAUGAUAAUGAGCAAUUCUUCUUGCUCCAUCGUGGUCAUCUCUACAUGUUAUGAAGCCUAGCACCUCCUCUGCUCAGUUUGUGGGUCAGUCUGCUGCUGAUGACCUCAUGGAUGAUUGGGUCUUUUUCUCUACUGAAUCAGCUGUUUCCCAGGGCCUAGAAGAGAGCAGAGAUGACCAGGAGGCAGAGGACACAGGCAGAUUCAAAGACAAGUUGGUCUCAGCAUGGAACAGCGUCAAAUACGGCUGGACCUUGAAGCAAAAAUCUAAAUUUAGCAAGCGCUCUCCUGUGUUCAUGCUGGGGAAAUCCUAUGAGCUCAAAGAUGAAGUAGAUCAACAGCAUUUCCGUUGCUGCUUUGCAUCGCUCCUGUGGUUUACAUACAGACGAGGUUUCCGUCCGCUCCCCGGCUCCUCUCUGACCACCGACAGCGGUUGGGGUUGUGUUCUACGCUCCAGCCAGAUGCUGCUGGCACAGGGCCUGCUACUGCAUCUGAUGCCACCAGGUUGCACCUGGUCUGGGAACCAACGUGUUGUCAAAGAUGACAUGGACCUGAUUCACUCUGUGAACGAUGGAUUUAGUUCGAGUGAAAGGGAAAGCAAGAUAAGUCGACAUUUGAGCUGGGGGUCCAUCCUGGAUAGACCCGUGGAGAGUACACACAGAAUGAUUUUACGCUGGUUUGCAGACAACCCCACAGCUCCCUUUGGCAUACAUCGGCUUGUAGAACUGGGCAAAAGCUCAGGGAAGAAGGCUGGGGACUGGUAUGGUCCGUCCAUUGCGGCACAUAUCCUCCGGAAAGCUGUGGAAGCUUCAGUAGUGGACCUUCCCAAUCUAGUUGUGUAUGUAGCACAAGAUUGCACCAUCUACCUGCAGGAUGUGAGGAAGUUGUGCGAACGGCCUAACCCUCAGCACUGGAAAUCUGUCCUCAUCCUGGUUCCUGUGCGUCUUGGCGGGCAAGAUCUCAAUCCGUCCUACAUCACCAGUGUCAAAAAACUCUUGAUGUUGGAGUGCUGCAUCGGGAUCAUUGGCGGCAAACCAAAGCAUUCUUUGUUCUUCGUUGGCUUCCAGGAGAACCAUCUGCUGUACUUGGACCCUCACUACUGUCAGCCCACAGUGGAUGUAACAAAUAACUUUCCCUUGGAGUCGUUUCACUGUAAGAAUCCCAGGAAAAUGCCUUUCUCUCGCAUGGACCCCAGCUGCACCAUUGGAUUUUAUGCAAAAGGACAAAUGGAGUUUGAGUCGUUGUGCACAAGUGUUAAUGAGGCUGUGUCAGCGUCUGCAGAGACAUAUCCCAUGUUUAUAUUUGAAGAAGGAAAAACACGGGAGGAAGCGAGAGCAAACACACCCACGCACAGCGUCACCUUCCUACAGAGGAAGACCCAACUGGGAAGAGUUGAUACAAACAGCAGCAUGGACGAGUUUGUUCUAUUGUAAACAUAAAAAGCUCAUCUCUGCCCUGAUGGAGGUCCUUCACUGAAUUUUCAACAUAGCAUUUUGCACUUUUUGGAAAUUACUGAGCAUAAGAACAUUGUCCUCAUCAUUCGCACACAGUGAGGUAGAUGGACUCCUUAGUAGUUUCAUGGGAAGUGUUUAUGCAUCAGUACUGAGAAUGUUAUAUUUUAUUGCAGUUUGUAUUUAUUUUAUUUUUUUAGAGGUAAAUACUUUAAUAAUUUCAUCAACUCUCAUCAUCCUAAUUGACUUGAGAUCAGCCAAAUAUCCAUGAGGUCAUGGCCCUGUGUGCUACACUUCAAGUCGACUGUGAUUGAUUUCGCACAAGUGAAUAGAUUAAUUUUUCUGGAAUGGGUUUUAAAAAGUUACUCUCACUGGAAAAUGAUGAGAUUUACUGAAAAUGUUACAAGUUGGCUUGUUUUUUUGCUGUCUAAAUAAACAGAUUAGG